AUGGAAGCUACGAACCUGGCUAUGUCACCACGGGAGACCCUCAAACCACGAACUGAACACAAAGCUCUACAACUCAACAGUAAACCGAAUCAGGUUGGCACUGUCCUCCUCUAUGGUGUACCAAUCGUCUCGCUCGUGAUAGAGGGAGUAGAGAGACUCUGUCUCGCUCAGAUCUCCAACACUCUUCUGAAGCAGUUCUCUUACAACGAGAUUCAUAAUAGAAGAGUGGCUUUAGGCAUUACCUGUGUGCAAUGUACUCCCGUGCAGUUAGAGAUACUGAGGAGAGCUGGCGCCAUGCCUGUGUCUUCGAGGAGAUGUGGUAUGAUAACGCGCCGGGAAGCGGAGCGGCUGUGCAAGUCAUUCCUGGGGGACAACGCGCCGCCGCGGCUACCUGAUGACUUCGCGUUUGCCGUGCAUCAUGAGUGCGCCUGGGGCUGCCGUGGGGCUUUCCUGCCGGCCAGGUACAAUUCAUCCCGAGCGAAAUGCAUUAAGUGCGCGUACUGCGGUCUGUUCUUCUCCCCAAACAAGUUCAUAUUCCACUCGCACCGUGUCGGUCCUGGUGACAAAUACGUACAACCUGAUGCAGCCAACUUCAACUCCUGGAGGCGGCACAUGAAGCUCAGUGGGACGCCUCCGGAUGAGGUAGUCCACGCGUGGGAAGACGUCAAAGCUAUGUUCAAUGGAGGUACCAGGAAGAGGAUGCUGUCUGCUGCUCGAAGAGUCCCAUUCCGCAGGCCAGAGCCUGAAGUGGUGGAGGCUAAGCGGGCCGCUGCGAGCCCCCCGGGGGCCCACGCUCCGGUCCCCCGCCUGGCCGACUACGUGUGGGGGGCUCGACUGCCCCUGCCGUAUGCUAUACCCUGGUUGAAGCCUACGCUUUGGACGCCAGGGGCGCUAACAGCGUUGAGUUCUGUGGGCGCGAUGGAGGAGCCGCGCGCGUUCCGACCUGUGCGUCGCCUCGACUCGCCGCAACUUUCGCCUGUCAUGACGUCAUCGCGAUCGCCUACCAGAUCACCAACAACUGCUUCACCGCGGCGAUCGCCCCGCUCUCCGCUCCGCUCGCCGGCCCGCUCUCCGCUCCGCUCCUCGCCCGCUCGCUCCACUAAAAGCGAUCGAGAUAGCGACGAGAGCGUCGAUAUAGAGACUACAGAGGAAGACCAGCCUAAGGAUAUGCAAUGCGCGUGGCCGUGCCGAGCGACGGCGACUCCCAGGCCUGAAGACUCCUGGAGCGGCCUGGUACCCAAGGUAGAGCGGGAUGAAGGCCUGGAGCCCUGGAGGCUGCCCGACUUGCGGCCGCCGGUGCAUUAUUUGCAUGAUCGUGAACGCGACGGCUGCGCCGCCUGUGUAGCUCCACUACCCCUGCUUCCACCGCCGGCACCAGCGCCACAUUAGCCACUAUCAUUAUAAUAAAGCAAUCAUAAUUCUAGUCAU